AUGUUCUCCAAACUCGCUGCUUUGGCGGCCCUCCUCCCUGCGACAGCUCUUGCUGCCAGCAUUGCCGGCAACGGCUCGUCAGUGCUGUCCAAUGGCAAAUACGAGAUCUCCUCUGAGGGCAUCCGCGCAAACUUCAUCCCUUACGGCGCAUCCAUCUCCAACCUCUUCAUCAGAGACGCCCACGGUAUCGAGCGCGAUAUCGUCCUUGGUUGGGACAAUGCUACCUACUACACCGAGGACAAGUCCCACCCUCACUUCGGUGGUGUCCCCGGACGUUACGCCAACCGCAUCAAGAAUUCGACCUUCGAGAUUGACGGCAACACCUACCACGUAACCCCCAACGAGAACGGAGGCCGCGACACCCUUCACGGUGGACUCGAUGGUUGGGACUGGCGCAACUGGACCGUGGUUGCUCACACCACUGACUCCAUCACCUUCUCCAUUGUUGACCCUGACGGCAAGGAGGGCUUUCCUGGGGAAGUUAUAUCAUACGUCACUUAUACGUUGACUCCCUACCAAUGGCACUUUAAGAUGGUUGCAGUCGCAACUACCAAGAAGACACCCAUCAUGCUGAGCUCUCAUGUUUACUGGAACCUUGACGGCUUCCAAAACCCUAACGACGCUACGGUCAACAACUACACAGUACACUUGCCUUACUCUGGCCAGCGUGUCGCAGUCGAUGGUAUUCUCAUUCCUAACGGAACCAUCUUGCCCAAUCAGAAAGGCGAUGUUUUCGACUUCUGGUCGUCUCCGAAGAAGCUAGGCGCCAACUUGACUUCCCCCGAUCUUGUUGGUGGCUGCGGUAGCGGAUGUAUCGGUUACGACACCUGUUGGCUCGUCAACAGAGAGCAGAAUGGACCUUACGACUGGCGCGAGUCAGGACCUGUCGCUACUGUAUCCAGUCCUUUCUCUGGUAUCCAGAUCGACAUCUUCUCCGACCAGCAAGCCUUCCAGAUCUACACCUGCCCCGGUCAAAAUGGAACCACUGCUAUCAAGGAGACUCAAGGCUUCUUCAACCAGACUGACCAACCUCGCGUCGUCCAGAAGUACGGCUGCAUGGUCAUGGAGGUUGAGGACUGGAUUGACGCCAUCAACCAGCCUGAAUGGCAAAGAGAAAAGAGAAACAUCUUUGGCCCUGGUGACGACCCAUAUGUUCUCCAGGCAACUUACAAGUUCUCGGUCAACGACGUGGCAUCUACCUCUAACAGCACAUCCAGCUACUAG